AGGGACUAAAGGAGGGAUUUCUGGUGUUGAUGGGUAUUUUAGAGCAGGGAGUAUAGUGUUUGCAGUCUUCAUAUACGCACACAAGCAGAGCAGCCAGUGCGUUUGGUCUGGUGUAGUGUUUACCACAGCACUAAUGGGAUUGAUCCUGAGACAUGGAACUGUGAGUGCUGCAGGAGCCUGAAUGGGAUGGUGCUGAACAAUGUUUUGCUGGAACAUCCGAAUGGGCAUUAAUAAAUAGUCCUGUCCUCAAAUUGGUGAGAAGAUUGAAUUUCCUAAAACAGGAGGUUGUUCAGACAGUUCUGAUGUGAAAAUUGCUCACAGCAGCAGGGACAUGGAGAUCACACAUAGAGCCAUGAAUCUUACUUUUUCUUUUGAAGACAAAAAUGGAAAUAACAUUACUUGCCCAAGUGAGCAUUCCCCUGAUUCAAUUAGAAGCUCUAGCUGCUUGAGUGGAGGCAGUUCAGACAGUCCUCCUGAUAUUGAAAUGGAGGACUGUAUCAGUGAUGCCACAUCUGAGGUAAACUUAAAGACAAGGAAAACCACCUCUAAUGCCACCUUUACUUGCACUGAUAAUGGAGAAACUUCAUCCUCAAAGAUAGUUGUGAAAUCAAGUGGAACAAUUAUUGUGGACCUAGUUAAUUCAAAGAUUGACAGUUGGAAUGAGAAUAUGCCACUGUUAAUAGUGGACCCGAAAACUAGUGAUGUAGGAGCCACGAUAUGCAAAGAAAGUGUCAAUGUUGAGACCAAUGACAGGAGCUUGGAACUCUCUCCUGACUGUGGAGAGCGAGAGCUGUCUGAGGUGGACUCCUGCGAGCCAUCCUGCCGUGGCUCCAGCAAGAAUUGCUUCUCAGUGAGCUCUGGUGAGAUGGUGAUGAGGAGUAAAAGUUUUGUCUUGCACGAGAAUGACCAGCCUCUUAACAUCUCUCUGCUUGGGGAGUCCAAGACCUCCUUGGAUAUUUCCUCUGACUUUGGUGGGGUUUUGGGCAUGUUGCCUGAUGUCUGUGAGGGCCUUCAUGAAGAUCAUCCAGCCAAGGUGCCUCAGGAGGACCCCAAGAAUCAUGGCUUGGAGCAUACCUUCAUCCAAUCGAACAAUAAGACCUUCCUCAUAGAGGGGGAUUUCUUUCAAAUGGCUUUAGGUCUCUCUGACUGUCAGAGAGAGACAGAGGAAAAUAAUUUGCUCCUGGGCACUGACAAACUUGAAUGUGUGACACCUGUUCAUCAUCACAAUGUACAAAAGUUAACUCACAACACUGGUGGAUCGAAUCGCUCAACUCCAGCAGAGGGGAAGACGGUGCUCUUCACAGCUUCUGAGGAUUUAGACAUCAGUGGCAAUGCUCAAACAUCAACUCCAGUACAGUCUGUGAGUAAUAUGACAUUUUGCCUCCCAUCUCUCUCUAAAUCGCCUCUCAACAAAGAAGGCGAUUCAGUGAGCCCAAUGGCUCAAGUCAUCAAUAGGCAGAAAGGAAGUGCCUCUCAAAAGUCCAAAACACCAUUGGUGGCAGCAAGCAAAAGCAAUAAAGUAGAAAUUAAAAGGUUUUCCAAGCCUAACUUCAGUAAUAUAAAGUCUAAAAUCCUGGCUCGUGCCACAAACCCCUUCAAGACAUCAAGUGUACCUGUUCCAAAUGCUUCAAGCUCUGUUCCUCAAGCUACUGACAACCAGACCAUUGACCGCUCUACUCCACGCAAGUCAUCUUCAACAAAGUCUACCUCUACUGCAGUAACCAACACCUCUGCCACACAAGCCCAAAGUGUAAAGGGUUCCAGUGCGGAUAAAAGAACACGCUCAUCCACUUGCCAAGAAAGUGGUCCAGCCUCAAUGUCUCGAGCUCGCCAUUGGUCUGAAAGUGCUACCUCUUUCAAAACAAGUAAAGAUGGGUCACAAGAAAAGAAUGCACAAGUCAAUAGGACCUUGAACAACCUUGCAACACCAAAAACUUUAUCUAAGGGAGGUUCUCGGAGUCAGCGUGAAAAGAAGAAAACUGCAGAUGGACAAGAGUCCUCUAAAGAUGGCACUCAAGGGAAAGACUCACUUAAGGGUCGUGGGAAAAAUCUGAAAAUCAGUCUGUUGGCAGUGUCUUCCAGGCCGGCUGCAGCAGUAUGCGAGUGGAGUAGAGGUAGGCUUGGCCCUCAGCCAUCCCCAGCCAGGACAGGAGACACCUCUGUCGCUCACGGUCAAGCUGCAAACCUUCGGCCGCCACUCUCAGCUGCAACUAAGCUCAAGCCUGGGACAGCAGGGAAAGAUGGCAGCAAUACCACAUUGCAAGACAUGCCUUCUCCCAGAAACAGACUUAACACACCUAAGGUUAAGCUCAAAAUCCACUUGACUGGGGGCACUAGUGCUGUUUCAGAAGAAGCCCAUUCCAGACCUGUCCCAUCCACACCUGCCCCAACAGGUUCAGCCUCCAAAUUGCCAGUGAAGCCCAAAACACUGCCCAAGAGCUCCAGUGCUUCCUCUCAGACCAGUGGACACCUAAAGCAAGACCACCCAGAUCCGUCUGUUGGAGCCUCAAGUAAACCUUCAUCUAACAGGACCAGGUUAUUAAGAACCAAGCUGCAGUAUCCGUCCACCAGAGGUGUAUCAUCAGGAUCUAAGAACACACCAUCAUCAGGUCAAAGUUCAGCAAGAUCUUCAGGCAGUCCUCUGAAAACCCCUACCUCAACCCGACCCUUGAGACCUGCUACUACUCCAACAGUUGAUAAGAACAAGUCAAGGACAAGUUCCCGGAAUCUGCAGACACCAACAAAUGGCCAUCCGGAUCUGGUACCACCGGUGUGUAAGGCAAGAAGCGUGGAGUAUUACAAGGCUCUGUGUGAGAAGAACCAGACCAUCCAACAGAUGGAGAACACGGUCCGAUCCAACAACCGCAGGUUUGAGGCUGUUGCUGUGGUCAUAAAGCACCUAUAUGCAGAGCAUGAGGAGGUGAAGAAGCAGCGCAGGGAGCUAUCUCAGGAGCUAGUCACCUUGCGUGAGGAGCUGGUGAGCUCAGCUCACUCAUGUGAGCGUCUGGAGCACGAGAAGGAGGACCUGCGUGUGGCCUUUGAUGGAGUUCUGCAGAAAGUCCAGGAGCAGCACCACUUGGACCUGGCUGACCUGGAGGAGAGGCUGAAGAACUUCUACUCCACUGAGUGGCAGAAGGUCCACCAGACCUAUCAGGAAGAGACUGACAGAUGCAAAGCUCAGAUGGAGCAGCAGCUGGAAGAGUUGCAAUCAAAACAUGAGGCUUUGAAGAAGGAACUGGAAGUCAGCCAUAUGCUGGAGGUGGACCGCCUUAAACAACAGUUUGAAGAGUCUUUCAAAGAACUCAAACAGUCCCAUGAAAAGGAAAUGCAUAUUAUCAACACAACACUGAAGGAAUCAGAAGAAACAUUAUCUAGUCAAAUUCAGGAGCUCAUUACAGAGAAUAACACCCUUAAAGAGAAACUGAAGGUUGAGGAGAAGAGAAGGAAUGGUCUGGCAGAGCAAAGCCAGAAGGACUCCCACACCCUUUAUUUGGAGCAAGAACUUGAAAGCCUUAAAGUAGUGCUGGACAUCAAAAACAAACGGAUCCAUGAACAGGACAUGAAACUCUUGCAGAUUGAUAAACUGAUGGAGAGGAAUGUAAAGUUGGAUGAGUGUCUUAAAAAGCUGCAACAAGAAAAUGAGGACCUCAAAGCCAGAAUGGACAAACAUGCUGCUUUGUCGAGACAACUGUCCACAGAGCAGGCAGUUUUGCAGGAAACUCUCCAGAAAGAGUCCAAAGUGAACAAACGACUGUCUAUGGAAAAUGAAGAGCUGCUCUGGAAGCUUCACAACGGUGAUCUGAGCAGCCCACGUAAGGUCUCCCCUUCACCCUCCCUGACUCUACAGUCACCACGCAACUCUGGGAUGUUUUCCAGCCCUCCCGUCUCACCGAGAUAACAACGGCCUUCAGCUUCCAGGAAGAAUCUUCAAGGACUUUUCAGCGGACCGAGCACUUCCUGCAUGCUGAAGCUGAUAUUAACUGUUGGUCUGGACCAUUUCAAUGGCUGAAAGCCUCUCUAAAAUGGAAUUGACUCUCAAUUAGCUCAUGAAAGGAUGAAUGACUUAAAAAUAAAAGAUAAAAAAACUGAACACAAAAUUGCACAGAAGCACUUACUAACGAGGCCACCUUUGUACUGUUGCCUUUGAUGUCUGACUGUGGAGCAAAAAAGGAAUAUCUCAGGGCUUAAGUUUUUCAAAAAAUUUUGUUUUCCUCCAUUUUUAGAUAUAUAUAAUAUAAUUUUUUUUUUUUUUUUUAAGACUUUAACCGGCUGUCUGUUGUCUUGAAUGGGUGUUUCUGUAGAGAACUGACAUCAAAAUCCAUGUAUUGAAGGCCUUUGUCAAGUUAUAAAGCUUUACAACCAGACACCUUUAAGUGUACCUGCAUAGUUCAGGAUUUAUCUUGGCUCUGGGAUGAAUGGAAAUUUUAGCAGAUGUUUGACUUUGGACCUUAGUUUUCAGGAGAACAAUAUGAGCUUUUUAAGGAAGCACUUCAUAGAUCUAUCAACUCCAUAAACUGAUGCAGUCAGUUAUCUGACUUAUCUGAACCAGGUGUUCUCAAAACCGUAUGCAACACUUUUGUGUCUGGUUUUCUGUAUAAUUUCUUUCUUUGAAUUGUAUAUGGGGAAUUUGUUCAACUUUUAUUUUGUCCAUGAAAACUUGUAGCCUGUUACGUCAUGCAGUUCAAGAUCUCCUUGAAGGCAUCUGAUGCAUGUUUCAUCACUGUUGAAAUGCUCUCUAAUUAUAUUCUUCAUUGGUGAGCUUUUAUAAAAUGAUUGAUGCAGAAUGAAUUCUCUUGAGUUUAUCAGAAAGCUUGAAUGUUCAUAAUAAUGCCUGUAUCAACUAUUAAAAUGGGCUGAAUUAUCUAUUUCUUUAAUUUCUUGGCAGUCAGAAAUUAAGUAAUCAUGGUAUGCUGUUAAAAUGACCAUGCCUAAGGCAGCCCUAUGACUGAAAGCGUGUAUUAUAGGGAAUCUGCAAUUUUUCAUAACUAUCUUUUUGAAUAUGGGAUUUUGGUGUGAUUGAGCCCUGGAGGGCAGAUUUAAGUUUUUAUUUUUAUUAUUUUUAUUUCUAUGUUUAUGUCUGAUCAUGAGACCCAUGUAAAUGUCUGACUGAGCAUGUUCCAGUGGCCUCAAGAGCACCCCCACUGUCUGAAACCCUCCAUGGCAGCUUUAAAUUCAAACUUUUUACAAAGAAAAAAAUGUAUAUCUGUGUAAGAGUUGUUGUUUUUUUAUAUAUAUAUAAAUGUAUUACUUUGCUGUUUGUGUGGAUGUUGGUGUGAAACUGAAACUCUUGAAAAUAUGCAAUUAAUAAAGUCAUAUGUUGAAAUUCAAA